AUGAUGUAUUGUGGAGGGUACCCUGUAAAUCAGGAUCAAAUCCAAAGUCCCUAUUUCGGUUAUGAUCAUAAUCCCUUCAGUAGUUCACCAAACUUUAGCCCAAACCAAGAUACCGGACAAUCAUCUAUAAGUACAUUUCCUGCCUCCAAUUCUCGACCCGAACUAGGUGUUAAGUCUGAGGAGCCUACAGAUUUUCCCGUUAAUUCUUCAAUAAUUAUUGAAGAAAACAAUAGGAGAAAUAACCAGAAUAUUGUAAAUAGUUCACCCAGUUCUAGCUGCAAACCAGAGCUUUUGGUCAAUAGCGUUGAUAAUGCACUUAAGGGAACAGGAUCAUCGAAAACCGACAAUACAGUACUUCCGAAAAUAGGAAAAGUCAGUCAUUCGGCUCAUCGACCCAAGCUACCUCAGCAAACGCUUACAUCUAGUAGAAGUACUCAGAAAGUUCAUUCCAAAUCUAGACCCAAAAAACCCCACCAAGAAGUGUCCACCGAAUCUUCUAGCAAGAAUUUGCAACAAUCCAAUCCUUAUGCCCACUGGUAUCAAAUGAUGUCACAGUACUACAACCAAUUUUAUUCACCGUAUCAAAUGGCUCAGCCACCGGUGCUACCUCAACAAUCCACCUCUCACCUUUCUAUGAAUAAAUCAUCGAAAGCACCCGCAAGUCACCCACUUAAUCCUACUAUAAAAAAUGGACCUGAAGGAUUUCAAAUACCAUCUGUAAAUCAAAUAGGAUCGUUCGACUAUGCAAACUACUACUAUCAAUAUUACGCUGCAGCUGCACAAUUAUGGUCUGGUGGUUAUCCAUAUCAAUUUUUUGGAACUUGUAUUCCCGAAACUCCACGUUUUUACAAUACUCCACAUGUAAAAGCUUGGAUUAGUUGUCCUGGAGUUAUUGUUCAAGUUUUACCUUCAAGGCCAAGGAAUGGAGAAUUUGCCAGAGUUGAAAUAAUUAACCUGUUUGAACUUGUCAAUGAAGCUGUGGCUGAUGCAACGAGAAGAGCAUCAGACAACACUACACGCACUUGCGACUCUGAAUUUAGCCAACAGCAACAACCAUCCGAACAAAAUGCUCUUUUUAAUAUGACUGAUUCUGGAAUGCAAACUCCAAGUCGACUCUCUAGUAUUGACGCUGGAGGUGCUGAAGACGAUGGCGAGGAAAUACGUGCCUGUGUCAUGGCCACUGCAUGCUGGAACCAAGCGGAGCAUCAGUUUUAUCCAGGGCCGUUAAAUCGUGUAGGUACCCUAAAAGCUGAUGUACUUGCUUUCUUACAUGAAAAGCUUACGGAGAUUCAAGAUCGGCUACCUAUCGAUUGGGGAUCUGCUGGCUUACUAAUAAUGUUCCUUGAAACCUUGAUUAAAAAUAAUGGUAAUCUGCAGACAUCAGAUCUUGUAAAUCUUUUACUGGAAGGACACAAACCAACUACUGAUAGUUUCAGGAGUGGCUCCUAUAGAUAUUCUUCUAGUUCUUAUCUAGGAGUUCAGGUGCCUGUACAAUAUUCAGCUACUUUAAACAAUUAUAAUCAUCAGGUUGGGGAAUAUGUAAACGAAUCGUUAGCUUCGUUACCUGGGAGUCAAGUUACAAGUGGUCGAGAAAGUCCCGAAUCACAUUUUGAAAUAGACUAUGGAAGUAGUUUAUUACAGCACAGCAAAGCAGCUUCGGAAACUGGAAGAAUGAGUUCUGUUCAAAAUAUUAUUCGACGUAUGGGAGGAGUCCAUAUAGACGAAAGGGGGUUGCGCAGCCAGGAGUCGGAAGGCAAACUUCUGGAUCGUUUUCGUGAAUUGUUAAUGCAUGGCUUACCAAUAAAAGCGUUAGAACAUGCUUGUCGAUCUAAACUAUGGGGUCAUGCAUUUACAUUGGCUCAUCGGAUGGGUCCUUCAACAUUUGCAAAGGUAAUGGAUCGUUUUCUAAAUAAUGACAUAUCAAUAUCGGAUCCUAUUCUUACAUUGUACCAAUUAACUGCUGGAGAAAUGCCACAAUCUGUUAAUACAGCGGCUUAUGGACGAGGCAUAGAUAAUGGUGAUUGGAGACCACAUUUAGCUAUGAUAUUGGCUGGUCACUCAUCACAAUCCGACUUAUCACUUUUGGCCUUGGAACGUCUUGGUGAUGGUUUACUAUCACGAAAACAUGUUUAUGCUGCACACUUAUGCUAUUUACUGAUGAAUUCAUUGAAAAAUAUUGAUGAUAAACAGAAAGAGUUUCGUUUACCUGGUAAAAUCUGGUUAAUUGGUGUCCCUCCCACUUAUAUUACCAGUGGUGGUGAUGUUAUCAACAAUACUUCAGAUGGAUUCCAGGAGGAUAAUAUUGCGUCAAAUCAUACUUUAUCCCCAUUGUUCGCUACUUCAGAAGCUAUUCAACUCACUGAAAUAUAUGAAUACUCUAUCCAGUUGGCUAACCGUAAAUUUCAUCUACGUCAAUUAAUGCCUUUUCGUCUUGUUUACGCUAUACGACUUUUGGACGCUGGUUUUAUCGAGAAAGCUUAUCGUUAUUUAACAGCUAUCGGAAAUGAGAUUCUUACUGAAAUUGAUGAAACAACACAUCAACUUAAGCUUCAAUCAUUAUAUAACAAUGAUAAUAAUACAUAUGUUGAUCCACUAUUGUACAGUUUAAUUAGUAAUUGUCUACGAUUAGCUGAACCAUUACAAUAUCAUCCAGAAAUUGAAAGUUUCGAUAUAUUACAAUUAUCAACUAACAGUCAAAUAAUAGAAGAUUAUGGUUUUGGAUUUCAAUUUAAAAAUCCAUCGUAUUCUAUGCCUGUACAGAAUAAAAAUAAAAAUUGGAUUGAACGAUUAAAUCAAAUCUUUAAUCAAAUGAAUCAAAAGAUCAAUCAUCCACGCUACAAAACAUCUGUGGAAAAACCAAAAGAAAAUCCCAGUAGUGAUGCUCAUUUUACUAAUGAAGCUUUGAAAACAGAAUAUUCCGAUCAUAAUGAUUCUAAUGAUCCUCCUCCUCCUCAUCAUCAUCAGUCAUCACUACCACUUCAACAACAACAACAGCAACAACAACGUCAGUAUCAUCAAUUUAAUAAAGAAUCAAAUUAUAAACCAUCUGUUGAAUAUAGAUCUAAUGUUCAAACACAUGACUCUUCUUUAUUUUUAUCAACGGAUAAUAGAGAUCAACGUAAAGUUAAUAUUUUUAAUUCAAAUAGAAAUGAUAACAAUUAUAUUCCUCAUGAAGUUAAUAAUAAUAAUAAUAACAAUAAUAAUAAUAAUAAGGAACCAAAAACCAUCUCGAAUUAUUCUUCUAUACGAAAUAAUAAAAAUGAUCAACUGGUAGAUCCUAUUCAAAAGAUGAAUUCAUCUAAUCAAUCAUCUAUUCAUCAAAGACAAUUGUUUAAUCAUGAAUCAUUCAGUCAACAAUCACCACCUUCAUUAUCAUCAGUACCAUCUCAUGAAUACUCUUAUCAAUCAGAACCCUAUCGUCAAUUAUCUUCUAAUACAACAUCUAAUCUUAUUCAACAUAGUGAUAACAAACAACAUAAUUAUUCUAUGAAUUCACCUGUUCAAUUGUCAAAUUAUCCAUUGUCUUCACAAUCAGAUCAACCAAUCAAUUCAAUGUUGCAAUCAUCAUUAGCAGUUUCAACAUCAUCCUCAUCAUCAUCGGUAACAACUACAUUGAAUGAAAUGAAUAAUUCUAUUUUUAUGCCUAUCAAUCAUCAAACUGAUUCACAAUUAAUGAUAAAUGAUGAUAAUAGUUCAUUAAAUUAUUCUACAUUAUCUAAUCAACAACCAUUUGAUUACUUUGCAAAUAUUCAAAGUAUUCAGUCACGUUCCCGUACAGUAUCCGGUAAUUCUGAAAAUAAUACUGUUAGUAUGACAAAUUCCACGACUGUUGAUCAAUUGGAUCCAUCAUCCAAUAAUAGUCAGAAUUUCUUAUCUACCAAAUAUGAAAAUUCAUUUACAAACGAACAACAUUUUCAACACCCUCAAAAACAAUCUAUGUCUAAUUUAUCACAAAUAAAUUAUCUUCCUCAACCUUCUAGACAUCCAUCUUCAAUGAUGAAUGAUCAUUUCAAAGAUUAUAAUAAUACUCUUGCUACUACUACCACUACUACUUCCACUACUACUAUUCAUAGUAAUGAUAAUAAUAGUAGUAGUGAACGUUUUGCACAGGACAAAUCAAGUGAUUUGAAUAAUUUAGAUAAAAAUGAACAACAAUCAAAGGAUGGUUGGUUGUCAGGUUGGUUUGGACGUCUUAAGAAAAAUGGUCCAAAGAAUGUUCAUCUACCGGAUGAUUCUAAGCCUUCUAUAGUUUGGGAUGAUCGCCUUAAACAAUGGAUUGAUGUGAAUGAUCCUGACGGAAGUGAAUCAAACAAGGUACCACCACCCCCGCCAGCAUCUUCAUUUAUUAUGCCAAAAAAUGAUGACAGUUCAAUGAGUAAUAGUAAUAGUAGUAAUAAUAAUAGUACGCUGAAUCCACCUCUGUUUCCUACUUAUCAUCCAGUCUCUGUUCCUUCAGGGUCUAUUUCAUCACGUACUAGCAAUUCUCGGUCACGUUAUGUAAAUAUAUUGGCUAGUGAUACUUUAGAAUCCGGAGCAAAUAAAUUGAUCAAUCCACUUCAACCCCCACUUCCACAAACAAUUAACAAUCUACGUUCAUAA